UCCUAAGCUCCUAAAUCUCAGAAAAAAAGGAGAUCGAGGCAAAGCCAAAAGGGAGAGAGAAAGAGAAAGAGACUCUCUUUGAGUUUGAACUUUGAAGCCAAUUAUGACGGCCAAUCACCAUUUUAGCCAUAACUGGUUAUUGUUGUGUCUCUUGCUCAUAUCCUUCCAAAUCCAAACUUCUGUUCAUUGCUUCCAACACAAGGUUGGAGAUCUAGAUUCUUGGGGCAUUCCCACUUCAUCAAAUCCACAACUAUACACCAAAUGGUCCAAAAAUAAUGAUAUCAAGAUUGGUGACUCCCUUUUGUUUUUAUACCCACCAAGUCAAGAUUCAUUGGUUCAAGUAACAUUGGAAAACUACAAGAGGUGCAACAUUAAGAACCCUAUAUUGUACAUGAACAAUGGCAAUUCAUUGUUCAACAUCACAUCAAAAGGUGAAUACUUCUUCACCAGUGGGGAGCCAGGGCACUGUCAGAAAAAUCAGAAGAUUCAUAUAACUGUUGGUGUUAAUGCUUCUUCAGAUGUUGAUGGACCAUCACCAUAUGGAUCAGCAACUUCUUCUGCACCUUCUUAUCAACCUGUUUUUGGCAGCAUUCCACAGCCUCCUUCUCAAUCCAUGGUAGCCUCAGAUUCAUCUCACAUUGCUUCAAAUUCUCAAGCUCUUAUCAUUGGAUUUGUGAUGUGUUUGCUCUUCUCUGCCUUAAUGUAAGGCCCAUAUAGAAACAGAACAAAUAUCUCUUGUGCUUUUUUACUUUCUGUCUUGAGAUACUUAUCAAACAAAGUUAAAAGUUGAGGAGUUUCUAGAGUCGGAAAUAUUUCAUUGGUGAUACUGUUCUUCUGUUUCCUUUGAUUCUUUAUCUCAGAUCUAUGUAAUUCUUUUGAAAAAUUUUCCUGGCCAUGGUUUUGGAUCAUGGACUUUGGCUAUAUGAUGUAAUUGAAUAUUUGAAUUCUUUCAGCUAGUGAUAUGCUGUGAUGUAAUACCUGUUAUUGGAGAUUUAAUUUAAUUAAUGAUACAUAUUCACUUC